AACGCAGCCUCCUCGAGUCCUCGAUACCUAUCAGAAAAAUUUCUUCUCUGCGUCGCACGGCCCCAGCGUGUUAAGCGAAGGCUGCUCCAGCGGUAAAGCUCUCGUUCUCUCCGUCUCUAUACCGAAUCAUCCGUAGGUCAUCUUGGAUUGAGAGGUAAAUAUUACCUAGUGGAUGCAGGAUAUCCGAAUAUCACUGGAUUCUUAUCUCCGUAUAAAGGGAAAAAGUACCACAUCCCUGAUUUUAAAAGGUCUUCAUCUUAUAACAAUCACUUUGAAGUAUUUAAUCACGUGCAUUCAUCAAUGCGGUCGGUCAUUGAAAGAUCUUUUGGAGUGUGGAAAAAGAAAUUUCAAAUCAUGGAUUACAUGCCAGUCAAUAUUAGUUGGACUGAUCAAAUCUCCCUUGUACCGGCAACCAUGGCUAUUCACAAUUUUAUUCGAAAGAACGACCGAAUGGAUGAUGAUUUUCUUGAAGCGGAGCAAAAGGAUGAUCAAGCAAGUAACGAUGAGGAAACAGACGACUGCGAUGAUGUGCAAACACAUCACAGUGAAGUCGGUGAUGAUGCUAUGAACAAAUUGAGGGAUGACAUUUGCGCAUCAAUAACAUUUGGCAGAAUUGGUGUUCCAAUGUAUUAGUACUUAUUUGUAUUCAUAUGUAAUUCUCCUGUUUGUGCAUCAAGAAAAUGCAAGUAUUUUGUACUCCAACCAUAUGUUAUUAACAAUUUCCAUUUUGUAUUAAUGUAAGAUAUUGCAAUCUGGAAUUUUGUUUAUCCAAAAGUGUAUUUGGUUGUAAUGAGGUUUUAAUCCAAGCCCGAUACAAUUUGGUUUUAAUACAAUUUGC